AUGGAACAUCAGGAGGAGGCUGGUGGACAAGACAAAGAUACCAUAGAGAUGCCGGAAACCUACAGAUAUACAAAACGUCGACAAACACAGGCCAAAAAACCUACAUUGGUGAAAAAUCAUCACAAGGGACCAAUGCCCACAACAUUUGUGACUGACGCAAGAAAGAAAUCCAACACCCUCUGCUCCAGAAAGCGAACACUGAUGAAGAAGGUGGACGAAUUAGUGAGCCGGACACAUUCGGAGGCUUACCUACACAUUUUCAAGCCAUCCAAACAAAACUGGUCGUAUGGAUCACAUGAACUUAAAUCUAAGUACGACAAAUUGCUUAUGAAACAACAUGGACCCAUGGAAACACAAGGGAUUCCAGCACAAACAACAAGCGAUGAUGUCGUUACCGUCCCCUUCCCUUCCCUUCUCCCACUAACAUGA